UGAGCAUAUUAUAAAAUUGCCCAUAACCCAAUGUCGAAAUGACUGUCAUCCACAUUGUAUUCUUCAAGUUUCGCCCCGAAAUCACGGCGGAGCAUAAGGAAACAUUUGUUAAAGAACUCAAAAAACUCAAGUCUCUCUCUUGUGUAAAGAAUAAUCGUCUUAUCGUUGGUGGGCCGUCAAUAACAGACCCGAUCGAGCGAAGUAAAGGGUUUGAGUACGCAUUAUUGAGUUAUCAUGAAGAUCGGAAGGCGUUGGAAGAGUAUCAAAAGAGCGAUGAGCACCACCGGGUAACGAGUACAUACAUGUUUCCAUAUAAGGAGGAUCUAAUGAGAUUUGAUUUUGAAGUAGAUGAAGAAGAUGAGUGGAUGUGCAUGUUUGGAGGAAACAAGGAAUUAUGAGGAACUCUUCCUGUCAAGGGCAUGACUACUGUUGGAUUGAUAGUAAUUGAUGCCAAAGAUUUUGUUAGAUGGGUGUUUGAAGCGUUGGUAAUUGUUAGACCGAUAGCUACAUGUGAACUUGUUCAAUAAUUUAUACAAA